AGGAGAAGGCGGAGGAAGAUAAGGGAAGAGUGGAGGCGAGCCCUCCCCCCGCGUCACGCUGCGCCGCGCCUUCUUAUCUGGCCGCGGUCGGUCCGCACGACCGCGGGGCAUCGGCUCAGCCGGGCAGGCCGGGCGCGAGGGCGCCAGCGACCGUCUCCCAGGCCAGGGCGCUGCUGAGCAGCUGGCAGCCGGGCAAAACCGCGUCCACCCCGCCAGGGGUCCUGGGGCCCAGCCUGCCCGCCCGAUGCUCCGCCGCCAGCUGGCCGUAGACGUCCGUCAGGAGAGCGGAGGGACCAGCCCCGACCCUGCAGCGCUCGGCCCCACCGAGGGUCAGGACGCGCAUCGAGUCGCCGUCGGGCGAUGCCUGCAGGAGCAGCGCUGGAAGCAGGUGCGCCGCAUAGAUCAAACCCCCCGCCAGCGCCGGGAGGUCGCACUGACCGAGAUCAUUCCAGCCGCAGGCCACGGCGCUGCCGUCGCUCCUGAUCAGGGCCGUGUGGCGGCAACCAGCCGCAACCUGCGUUUAGGUCAGGCCCCCCGCCAUCGCUGGGAGGUCGCACUGACCGUUCGCGAUUCCAGCCGCAAACCACAGCGCUGCCGUCGCUCCUGAUCAGGGCCGUGUGGCGCCAACCAACCGCAAACUGCGUGUAGGUCAGGCCCCACGGCAGAUCCAGAAAAUCCGCGAGGCCUCCCAUAAGUCCAUGUUUGUGGCAUUCCCUGUCUUUCGACAACGCGAAUCGGCCGGACCGCGAGCACCCUGGGCCUGGGCGUAUCCUGGGCCCCCUUGGAGCCCACGGUGGCCGAGAGCUCUGUGCGAGGAGGCGCGCCCCCUUGCCCCCGAAGGAGCUCCGCGGGCGGCUGGGCCUCGGCGCGAGCCGCUCUGCCACCGCGCGGCUCCGCGGGGCAACGGGGCAGCGACGACGCGGAGCCGAAGGCGACGAGCAAAGCCAAGCCGACGAGCAUAUCGGCGCACUGCUUAUCAAGGCAGUGUUCGGCGGCGAGCGAGGUGGAGAAGCGAGAAGGACGGCGCCUUCUCAGAGGAGGUGGUGGGGCUUCUCAGAAGCCCUCCAGUAUUCUGGAG